UCAAAUUUAAGUUUAGGUUUAGAGAAUCAUGCUAGAAUCGACACCACUGUCACUGAGAAUUAGAUAUUUCUCAUCACUUAUCAUUACUUAGGUCACUAUCGAGUUUGGUGUCUUUCUAUGGGAUAUAUCCACCACUGUCUUUGAUAUGUUUUGUUCCUCCUUCCGACAGAAGUAUUUCCACCCAUCGAGACGGUGACAUGUCGCCAUCAAGCGAGCCGGUGACGGUGACUCCAUCAGGCAGUAUUCGAGGAUCAUGGCUUCAGACGCGGCGCGGGCGGCGUGUGCAGGCCUACCGCGGCGUGCGGUAUGCAGCCCCGCCCACAGGAGAGCUGCGAUUCCAUCCUCCUAAGCCGAUCCUGCAGUAUCCGUCGGAGGUGGAUGCCAAGGCGGAGGGUCCCGCCUGCCCGCAACCUGUCAUCGACCCGGACUACUUCGUAGAUGAGGACUGUCUGCGGCUCAAUGUAUAUACACCAGAGAAGAAACUCUCUAAGCCGCUGCCUGUGGUGGUGUACAUCCACUCCGGCGGGUUCUACUCGGUGUCGGGUCGCAGCGACGUGGCGGGUCCCGACUACUUACUGGACAAGGACCUCGUGCUCGUCACCAUCAACUACCGGCUCGCUUCACUCGGUUUCCUAAGCACGGGUGAUAAGCACGCGCCCGGCAACAACGGGUUCAAGGACCAGGUGGUGGCCCUGCAGUGGGUCCAGCGCAACAUCGCGGCCUUCGGCGGUGACCCACGCCGCGUCACCAUCAGUGGGUGCAGCGCUGGGGCAUUCAGCGUCAUGCUGCAUAUGGUGUCCCCCAUGUCUAAAGGUUUGUUUCAUCGAGCGGUGUCCAUCAGUGGGUCACCCAUCUCGCAGGUGGCCAUCCGACCGCACCAGAAGGAGUUGGCAAUCAAACAGGCACAACUACUAAACUGCCCCACGGACAGCUCCGAAGCUAUUAUGUCCUGCCUGAAGACUAAACCCUGGAGGGAUAUCGGCAACUCGCUCGACCAGAUGUUUACGUUCGGCUACGACCCGAUCCUGGUGUGGGCUCCCAUAGUGGAGCCCGACGUGGGCCAGGAGCGGUUCCUUACAGAGCACCCGCUGGAAUCGGUAAACAAUGGUAGGAUGCAUGCGGUGCCCUACAUCAUCGGGCAAACCACCAGGGAGUUCUUCUGGAAGGCGUUCUCUAUUCUGGACAACGAGAACUAUACAAACACAAUGAAUGCGGAAUGGGAAAGAAUCGCCCCCGUCUCCUUCUUACUUCCUCCGGAGAAGUCGACAGAAGCAGCCAAUCGUCUGAAGCAAGCAUACCUGGAUGGAAAACCACUGACAAAUGAUUCUGUUACUGCUGAUGGCUUGGGGAAGCUGUACGGAGACUCAGUUAUAGGAUUCGGAGUUCACAGAUUGGCGAAUCUAAUGUGCCGUCAUUCCCCCCACAAGGUGUUCUACUACGAGUUCUCGUACGUCGGCAACCGCAGCCACUACGAGGACCCCGUCACUGGGAAACCAGUGGGCGCGGCGCACCACGACGACCUCAUCUACCUGUUCGGUCUGUCGGCCGACUUCCCCGCCAUCCCCGCGGGCGGCGAGACAGACUCCCGCAUGGUGGACCUGAUGACGGGCAUCAUGUACAACUUCGCUGACAAAGGAGACCCCAACCCCCUGUCGAUGGGUCCCUCAUGGCCCGCGAUGACACCGAAUCAUCGACAGUUCCUGAGUAUAUCUUCACCGCCCACUGUUCAACAGAAUAUGUUCGAGGACCGCUUCCGAGUGUGGGACGAGAUAUACCCGAUCAAAUACUGAUAUAUUAUGACUCAAUAGACUAUUGAGGAGAUUAAGAAGUGCUAAAUAAUAAGUUGCCGUUUAAAAAUUACUAAAGUUGAUAAAAUUACAGAUGUAUAAUGCGAUUCAACUAAGAAUAGGACCGACUGGGCGCCAUAUUUUGAUGUCAUAGCUAUUGAUUCAAACUAAAUAGGUAGAGUGAGCAAAAAAAGUUUAU